AUGGCCUCCCCAGAGAACCAACAGCAAAACCAUGCUCCCGAACCUCCUUUCCCUUCCGCUGGCGACCAUGAGAUGCGUGACUACUACGCCGCGCAGGACGCACCACGACCUCCGCCACAACAAGAACCAUACCUGACACCGUACCUCGGUCUUCGAGCUAGACUCUCGCAGGUCUGGAUCAACCGGUGGACUGUACUACUUUUACUCGUACUAAUUCGGACUCUACUCGCAAUCGCGAGCCUGGACGACAACCUCGGACAAGCGCGCGAGAAAGCGCUCGGCGCUUGCUCUUCCGUCGAAGAUGUGGGCUCGGCGAUGGCUUCCAUGCCAUACUACAUGUCGCAGGGCGUCAACGAGCUCUCGGCGCAAGGCAUCGAGAAAGCCAUCAACGGACUGAUGGAGAUGCUCAUUAUGACUAUCACUGGAGUCGAAGAAAUUGUUGUCUUCAUCAUCAACUUACUGACUCAGACGUACAUCUGCUUGAUUACGUUUGCGGUCGGCGGCAGUUUGCAUGCAGCGAUCGCUAUUGCCGAAGAUGUUGGCAGCUUUCUUAACUCGACGGUGAAGGAUGUUGGCGAUGACCUGGGUGAUGCCGCUUUGGACUUUCAAAAAGCCAUGAACGGCUUCAUCUCGGAUCUCGACAACAUUGGCGACUUUCUCACUGGUGAUGAUUCAGACCCGCCAAAGCUGGACCUUACCAAUGAGAUCAAGAAGCUUGAUAGGCUGCAGCUUCCACCUGACUACGACAAGGAGCUGCGCCAGCUCGACAAGAACAUCCCAACGUUCGCCGAAGUCAACAACUUCACCAAGAACGCCAUCAGGUGGCCAUUCGAAGAAGUGAAGCAGCUGCUGAACAAGAGCUUGCCCAAGUACACCAUGGACCGAGCUCUCUUCCCAGUCCCGCAGAAAGAGAAACUCACUUUCUGCUCGGACGACAACGGCAUCAGCGACUUCUUCGACGACCUGGUCAAGAUAGAGCUUCUUGCCAAGAAGAUCUUUCUAGUGACACUGGUGGUGUUGGCUAUCCUCUGCAUCGUACCCAUGGCUUGGCGAGAAAUCCGGCGGUUCAAGAUGGAGCAAGAACGGGCUCGCUUGAUCAAGAGCGAUGCCUUUGACCCUAUGGACGCCGUCUAUAUUGCUUCACGGCCUUACACCUCCACCGCCGGACUCAAGCUCGCAGACAACUUCAAGUCGCGCCGACGACAGACUCUUGUACGCUGGAGCAUCGCGUACGCGACCACGGUGCCUGCUCUCUUCAUUCUAUCCUUAGCAUUGGCCGGCCUUUUGGCCUGUUUAUGUCAAUAUAUCUUGCUUCGGACGAUCGAGAAAGAGGUACCCAAGCUUGAGAACCAAGUCAUUGGCUUUGCGGACAAAGUCGUUAACCACCUCAACAACGCGAGCGAGCAGUGGGCCACCGGUACCAACAGCAUCAUCACGGAUACGAGCGACAGUAUCAACCAUGAUGUCUUUGGUUGGGUGAACACCACGACCACGGCAGUCAACGACACGCUGAAUGUCUUUGUUGACGGCGUCAUGGACGUCCUCAACACCACGUUUGGCGGCACGAUACUGUACGAUCCCGUGCUUGAAGUUCUGAACUGCUUGGUGCUGUUGAAGAUUACCGGUAUUGAGAGCGGUUUGACCUGGAUAAGUGAGCAUGCUCACGUCGACUUCCCGCUUCAUCCGAACAACACCUUCUCGCUUGGAACGAUCGACAAGGUGUCCGGUUCGGAGGCGGAUAUUUUGGCAGCGGGACCUGACAGCGGUGCAGCCGAUGCUAUCACCGGCGCCAUGUACCACGUCAUCCACGCUUUGGAGAGCGCCAUCCGACAAGAAGCGAUUAUAUCAACUUGCGUACUGUUGAUAUGGGUCAUCAUCGCUUUGAUCGGUAUCUUCAGAGCGCUCUUCGUCUUCUUCAAGGGUGGCGAUGAAGGUGUCUACACCGGCCGCUCUCCGCAUGCGAACUUUGGCUGGGGUGAAAACCACGACACGACUGAUCGCAGCAUUCGAUCUUUCGACAAGUACGAGAUGAACGAUCUGCAACGUGUGCCGACCUACGAGCAAGCCACCGCCAAUCCUGGCGACAAUACGGCAAACAAGUUCAACGGCCAGUCGUACACCCUCACGCCGCUCCCACUGCCAACCUUCGAAGUCCAAACCGCCACCUCGCCCAUCCUCAACACCGGCUUCCGCUCGCCAAACGAGAAGCUGGGCAACGUGCCCGGCCAACACGUCGACGCCGCCAUCCGCCGCCCCACCCACGUCCGUGCCUCCAGCCACGGCGACUACGCCGUCUCCUCCCCACAGACGGCCCACCCGGACAACCCAUUCACGAAUCCGAAUUACCUACAGCCCACCACCAAUAAACCCAAUCCAUUCGCCGACCCCGCCCGUUGA